AGAGUGUGACACAUUGAUUAACGUGUUCAUAUGUUGUUUAUUCAAGAUGUUAAUUCGGUUUUUGACCUUAAUUUCGGUAAAACGGUUGGAAGUUACAUUCAAUAGGUGAUACGAUCUUUAUGCUAAAACCACGAGAAUGGAGGACGACCUUCCCCUUUGGAAAACCAUCUCUUUAAGUACCCAAGUCUUAGCACCCCAACCUCUUGGUUCUCUCAUUCGUGGUAAACACAAGGAUUUCAGUGUCAUUGUAAUAACUACAACAAAAACAAUGGCUGAUGCUGAUGAUCCACAGGAUCAGGCAGAACGCGAGCGCAUUUUCAAGUGCUUUGAUGCCAAUGGUGAUGGCAAAAUCUCUGCAGCGGAGCUUGGGGAUGCCCUACAAACACUCGGCCGUGUGACGGCCGAUGAGGUGAAACAUAUGAUGGAUGAGAUCGAUACUGACGGUGAUGGAUUCAUUUCAUUCCAAGAGUUCAUAGCAUUUGCCCUUGAAAAUCGUGGUUUAAUGAAAGAUGUUGCUAAAAUAUUUUACUGACGGUGAUGGAUUCAUUUCAUUCCAAAGAGUUCAUAGCAUUUGCCCUUGUUAAUCGUGGUUUAAUGAAAGAUGUUGCUAAAAUAUUUUAAUGUUCCUGGCCUUAUCUUUCUCUUGUUCGGAUCAUAUAUAUUUUCAUGUCUUUUCCAUACUUUGAGUGUCAUUUAUUUGCAGAGCUGAACUGAUCAUAAGGGAUUGAUUCGGAAUU